CACACCCCCAUUUCCUCCAUAACAUGAAGGUCCUCACACUUACCACUUCAAUGGCGACGUACACUAAUAGUUUGGGAACUAUAUGGGGCACUAACCCACCGGCUGCUGCAUCCACUCCUUCUCUGUUAACGAAGUCUCAUGCGUCAGCAACUGCAUCGGCGCUUCAGUCGAAAGCGACGACCAGCUACUACUCCUUCAAACUCCCGGCAUUCACAACUGCAAGCAAUCUCGGUCCGCUUACCUCGAGUUUAAAGUUUCCUUCAGGAUGCUACAACAAUCUCUUAGACAUGAACCGGGACGGGCUAGGUCCUUCCGGAGCCUGGAAAACAAUAGGAUGUGCGAUGAGCACGUGCUGUCCAGGUGGGAAUUUCUACACUGAAGAUUGGGGGUACAUGACUAGCUACUAUUCCCCGGGAAUAUGUCCCUCAGACUACCAAUCCUGUGAUCCUCCGACACAAAGCGGCUUGAUACUGACUCCGAGAGAAGGCGAGAAGAUUGUUUUUUGUUGUCCAAAUAAUUGCAUAUGUCCGAAUGAUGAAGACAUGCCUCUGAUCAUACCUGGAGGCUGCGGCAGCCGCCUUACAAUUUCGAGCGAGACCACCGUGUACACUGUUAUGAAUAACUUACACGAUCAGAAGCCGCAAGAAACCCUGCCGUAUGAGUUUGACACUGGGUUCACCGAAGAGCUUCAAAUUGCGUAUCCAAUUCAAAUUCGUCUUCCUGCAACUCCAUCAUCCAGUACAAUCAUACCUAACAGUUCGGGUACGUCGAUCGCGAGCCAAAAGCCGGUACUUUCCACGAGUGCAAUUGUCGGCAUCGCAUUCGGGGGCUUCUUCAGUAUCUUCACCACCUGCUUGAUUACUUAUUUGGUUCUAAAAAGCCGUAAGAAACAUCGAUGGGGAGAAGACCAGUCAAGCUUGCCCGACCAAAAUAUUGACCAGUACUUGUACUCCGAAGGACCUAGCCAAAUGCCAGAAGUAUCACGCACGCCGAUGACAGAGGAAAAUCACCUUCAAAACUCCAUGGUCCCACAGAGAAAGCCGGUGCCACAGCAAUUCUGGAGUUCUGGGGGUGCCCCGUUCGAGAUGCCAUCGACGUCACCACAAGAUGCGGUCGAAUUGCCUACGGUCUUAAAAUAG